CAGUUGCCAACAAUGGAGAAGCCAACUCCCCCUCAGAACGAACAACACCCCACCUUCACCGCAAACCAAGCGGUCAACCAAGACCAACCGCCGACCUACAACAACCGAGACUUCUCUUCUCCCCUCGCCCAGCCGCCUCUCACGAACCCAGGCUCUCCCCCUCCAGCUCAUAUCCACAACCCGAAUGAUUUCCCACCGCAGUCUCAGGGCCAACCGCCACAGUCUCAUGGCCAGCCGCCGCAGCAGAACCUCAACAGCGUGCCGCUCCAGAGCCUGCAGAGCCAGAGUGCGCCGGUCGUGUGUCCGAGCUGCGGCGUAAGGGACUUUACCGUCACCACAGCCGAGGCUGGUGGCUUUACACAUGCCGCUGCGGCGUUGGUAUGCUUCGUGAGUUGCCUGGGAUGUAUCCCGUAUUGCAUCUCGUCACUUAAGGAUGUGCACCAUCGCUGUGCCAAUUGCGGCGUUCCGCUUGCAGAUUACCACCGUAGCGGUCGUACCGAGGUGCGUUGCUGGCAGAAGUAA